AUGACUAUAUUCAAGGAGGCCUGUUUGUCACAGUCGUACGGCCACAUCUGCUUGAUCACGCUGCGGGAGAUGAUCAUCGCCCGGGUCGACUUCCGCGAGACGUUACUCCGGCUGUUGAUCGACAUCAGCGUCCAGGACGUGGCGGGGACGUCGGUGGAGGCCUCCAAGACGGCAAAGGAGUUGUUCACGUUCCGCUUCAUCCGCGACAUCCUCGUCAGGCUGCUCAAGGACAAUCUCCAGAAGUGCACCGUCACGCCGCCGCCACCUUCCUUCGCCAAGCCCGGGGAGCCAGCACCCACCGAGUGGACCGACAAGCUGUACUCCAUCGCCGUGCAGACGUACCUGGAGCUGAUCCCGCAAGACCCCGCCCUCAUCCACUACCUGGCCAGCGUGUACGCCGUCGGUAACAAUUUGCUGAAAAAGGCGAUACUCCAAAAAAUCGAGCUGCCCAUCGCCAACCACACAGACACGUCAGAGAUUGUCAACCUGAUCAACAACUGCCCGCAGAAAGCCGAGACGCUGGUGGCGCGUAUCGUCCACGUGCUAUCUGUUAAUAACCUGAUCAGCAAGCCACUGGUAAAAGCGAUGCAAGGCCUCACGGAGCGACGAUCUGGCGUUGAUGUCCGAAGAGCAAUCCUGGCGUUCGUUUCUAGCCUGAUGCUCGAGACGAUCAACCACAAGACGGUCGGCUACGUCUUCAAGCGGCUGACCUCGCCGACCUGCCCGCUCUCCGCCGUCGACCUGAUCAUCUCCAUCCACCGGUUGCAACCGGAAAAUGACGAGCAAGCAAAAUUGCAGAGACAGCACAUCACCCUGCUGUACAACGACUUCGGCCUGUCCUCCGACACCAUCUCGCACGCCUUCGUGCUCUCGCGCUUCAAUGAGGCUGACGUCAAGGAUUUCCUGAAGAGCGCCGGCUCGGAACGGGCCGAGAAGGAGCUGCUCUCUGCGCUGCGCACAUUCUACGCCCAGGCCAGCCACGACUUCCACCGCAAGAUGGACGAGUCUGUGGUGGCGAUGGUCAAGGGAAAGGAAAGCUCGCGGAAGCCGUUCAAGACGAAAAGCAGCACUUCCGCCGCGAACGUCGCCGCUCCUGCUGCCACUGCGCAUACCACCACCCGCUACGAGGCGAUGAUCAAGGAGGAGCCCGUCGACAAC